AUGUGGACUUAUACCUGCACUUCAGUCUUUUGGUCUUAUUGCCAGUACGUCAAGCACCUGAAUGCACAACAUACAGGGUCUGACCGGAGGACCUGUAGCGACUCCUCCUCUUGCGUACCUAGCAGAGAGAUACUGGCCUUGUUUAUGGAAGCUAGUGUAUACUGGGUAAUGAUACUAGCUAGGUUUAUUCAAGGGGCGAGUGAAAAGUCCGGGUACCGUUCACCGUUCAUCCUGAGCAUGAGCGUAUGCGCCAUCGACCUCGUUGGCCGCCUUCUCAUAAUCGAGAAAGAUGAGGCCGCGAAAUGGGCUGAGGAUACUGCUCCAGAAGUUAGGCAGGAGGCGAACCCGGACACUGCAUCAGUGUUGAUCAAACUUCUGCGCUCCAGACGCGCAUCCAUUGCAAUCCUCAACGGAGCCAACUCUUCCCCUUCGACUACAGGAUCUCUAUGGGUAUACGUCAUUCAAAGUCGGGAUCAUCUUUCUCGCAUGUACGGUCCCCUCGUUGAUAUGAGUAGAAUGGGUCAUAGUGGCGUACCUGGUCUGUUCGAUACCCUUUUGGCCUCUUCUCGCGAUCAAGGGAAGGCAUAUAUUAACUUUUCUUCCCAAUUGAAAGUCUUCUUUAUGGACGGGGUGGCUACACCGGUCACUGCAGACCUAGCAGCCAUUGCAAGAGAAUCAGAAGGGAUUGGCUGUGAGUGUGGUAGUCAAAUUCUUAGACAUUUUCUCAUUCGACUAGACGCCCAUACUUUUGGCGCCUUCAAUCUCGCCUACAGUGGUUCCAAUGCCAGUAAGUACGAAUCAAAACCCGAUAACUUCAUUUAUCUAAAUUCACUUGAAACGUUCUAUGGUUCUGGUUCCAGGCCAUUAUUGGGUCGGCUAAUUGUGUUACUUCGCAAGGACACUGCGGAUGGCGACCCGGAUAUGGUGAUGGGCCCUGUCCCAGCGGAAUCGACCGAGCGGCCCACCUCCUUGCAUUCACAGCACCAAGGAUCGAUCAGAAACGUCGCUCAUGACGAGAUCAUCGCUGAACCGAGUGUAAAGCAAGCCUAG